GUCGCGGGGCCGCGCAGUUCCUAGAGACUCCUCUUCUGUUGUUCGGGCGGCUUCUGGAAGUUUUGAUACAGCAGUGUCAGUCGCGGACAUCGGAGUUCGGACAGUACUCGCCGUGGGCUUCAAGUGUUUCCAAGUUAUCUAUUCCACAGAUGAUGGUGAACGAAGAGCAAAGUGGCAAGGGGCGGGUGUCCAAAUCCGACGAUAGUUCUAGUGAUGGUUCCCGGGGGAGUUCACGCAGUUCAACUCCCGGCCCCGACGCCGACCGACUCCAGGAAAAGAUGCGCCGACGUAUUGAAUCGGGAGACAAAUGGUUCUCCUUGGAGUUCUUCCCUCCACGAACUGCUAGCGGUGCUGUUAAUCUGAUCUCCAGGUUUGACCAUAUGGCUGUUGGUGGGCCGCUGUUCAUUGAUGUGACCUGGCAUCCUGCUGGGGACCCAGGCUCCGAUAAAGAGACUUCCUCCAUGACCGUAGCCAGCAUAGCAGUAAAUUACUGUGGCCUGGAGACGUUGCUGCAUAUAACCUGUUGUAACCAGACCAAGGAGCAGAUCACACAGCACCUGCACAAGGCUCGGAAUCUCGGGCUAAAGAACCUACUUGCCCUCCGUGGUGAUCCCAUGGGUGAUGAGUGGAAGACUGAAGAAGGUGGAUUCAAUUAUGCCAGUGAUUUGGUUAAACAUAUUCGCUCGGAGUUUAAUGAUUACUUUGACAUCUGUGUUGCUGGUUACCCAACAGGGCACCCAGAGUGCAACAGUUAUGAAGAGGACCUCAGACGCCUGAAGGCUAAGGUAGAUGCUGGUGCAGACUUUAUCAUCACCCAACUCUUCUUCAAACCUGAAACCUUCCUUAAAUUUUUCAAGGACUGUCGUGCAAUCGGAAUUACUUGUCCCAUUCUGCCAGGAAUCUUCCCCAUUCAGGGGUAUCACUCAUUGCGACAGCUGGUCAAACUCUCCAAGCUACAAGUGCCACAGGAAAUCAAAGACAUAAUUGAGCCAAUCAAAGAUGAUGAUGCUGCCAUUAGAAAUUAUGGUAUUGACUUGGCCACUGACAUGUGCAAGGUUUUGUUGGAAUCUGGGUUGGUGCCAGGGCUUCACUUCUACACAUUGAACCGAGAGGUAGCAACUGUGGAGAUUCUGAAACGACUACGAUUGUGGACCGAGGAUCCUAGACGUGCCUUGCCAUGGACCAUCAGCGCCAAUCCAAAACGAAAGGUUGAGGAUGUCCGUCCAAUAUUCUGGGCUUCGAGACAGAAGAGUUACAUCUACAGAACCCAGGGUUGGGAUGAAUUUCCCAAUGGAAGAUGGGGGAACUCAUCAUCUCCUGCAUUUGGUGAGCUGAAUGAUUACUACCUCUUCUAUCUGAAGAAUAACUAUCCUAAGGAGGAGCUACUGAAGAUGUGGGGGGAGGAGCUGGUAGAUGAGAAAAGCAUCUUUGAUGUCUUCACAGCGUAUAUCACUGGGCAAUCCAACAGCAAUGGGAAAAGGGUGUCCUGUCUGCCUUGGAAUGAUGAACCUCUGGCACCAGAAACGUCCCUGAUGAAAGAGGAACUGGAGAAGGUGAAUCGGAUGGGAAUUCUCACUAUAAACUCCCAGCCCAACAUCAAUGCUAGGCCAUCAACUGACCCCAUUGUGGGCUGGGGGCCAGAGGGAGGCUUUGUGUUUCAGAAGGCCUACCUUGAGUUUUUUACCUCCUCUGAAAAUAUAUCUACUCUACUUAAAGUUCUGAAGAAAUACAAAACACGAGUGAACUACCAGAUCGUAAAUGUGAAGGGUGAGAAUAUAAAUAAUGCAUUUGACCUGCAGCCAAUUGCAGUUACAUGGGGGAUCUUCCCUGGACGUGAGAUAAUUCAGCCCACAGUGGUGGAUCCCAUCAGCUUUAUGUACUGGAAGGAUGAAGCCUUUGCCCUGUGGACUGAGCAAUGGGCCAAAUUGUACCCAACAGGAUCUCCCUCGUGGCAGAUAAUUCAGAACAUCCACGACCACUAUUACCUGGUCAAUCUUGUGGACAAUGACUUUCCAUUUGAAAACUGUCUCUGGCAAGUUAUGGAUGACCUCUUCAAGUUAAAAGCAUCUGAAAAGACUUGUGGGUCUCCAGCAUGUGACCUGCCUGUGAAACCGUGAGAUUGCUAGUUGUCCUGCAUAAUACAAUGUCAACAAGGUCGUAAUCUGCUUGUUUAAAGACAGACUUUGUGUAGGAGGAACACCUCACCCCAACCUCCCAUGUACUAGCCAGAAUCUUUUUUUACAAGAGUGGAAUGGAUUUUUACUGUAAAGUUUGGCUCUGUAUUUACUUUAAUGUACAGUGAACUUGCAUAUUUUCACAGCUCUGAGUGCAAGCACUAUGCUGACUAA